AUGAGUCGAGCACAUCGCAGUUGGUACCGGAAAUUUGUUCAGUUCAAUUUGUGGGCGACACUCUACAGCUCCUGGGUCCUCGGACUAUUUCCCUUCAUCUACAAUUCAAGGACGAGGAAAAUCAAGCGCUCCAGAUGGUUAGUUGGAUACGGAAUCAUAUUGAAUGUGGUGCUGGUUUGGACUGCAUUUAAGAACUAUGCGGCUACAGAACCAGAUGCCAUAACGAAGGUUUUUGUACACAAUCCAUUGGCUGAGCAUAUCAACCAAAUGCAUAGCGUUUUGCUUCUGAGUACAUUCUUUGUUACGUAUUUUCGCAAUUGGUGGUUGAGUGAGGAACUCGGCAGGAUACUCAACAUGCUGCUCGAUCUACACCAUCGUCAUUUUAUCGAGAACGAUUCAAAUGGCUGUAAAGAUUUUGAUAACUAUAUAAUUUACAAGGGAUCGUGCAUUAUGCUGGAACUUAUUUCACUGAUCAUCUUGGAAUUUUCUGACUCACCCAACUAUAGUUUUGGAAUGCUGCUGGGUGUGUUUAGCAUUCUGUUUAUGCAGCUCGGAGUUCUGCUUGUCGGUAUGCACUUCCAUCUAGCCGUAAUGUUCAUCUAUCGAUCGCUCUGGAUUAUAAAUCGGGAACUUUUUCGACUUGUGAAUUAUCUUAGUGUGAUGCGAACUACAAAAUCAGCCACGAGUAGAGUUCUCAAGCUUCAUUAUCUUUACAAACGUCUCUUGGAGCUCAACCAACGACUUGUUGCAAUUUACGAUUAUCAAAUUACACUUGUUAUGAUGUCUUUGCUCACGGUCAACAUUAUCUCCCCAUUCUAUUUAAUAGUCUAUGCAAUUAGUCUUAAGAAUCCUCUUACCAUAUACUUCUGGCUUAACUUCCUGCAGGCCAUGUCCAUUAAUGUGAUGGAUUUUUGGCUACACAUUUCCGUUUGUGAAUUGGCAGUGCGAACAAAUCAAGGAACUGCAAGGAUUAUCAAGCUAUUUAAUGAUAUACCUGAUUUGGGUAUGGAUUUAGAGCGAAGUCUCACGCACUUUGUGUUAUUCUCCAGUCAUCAACGAGUAAAAUUCAAUCAUUUUGGCAUGUUCGAUGUUCACAAUUCAAUGGGAUUUCGCAUGAUUAUCGCUUGUACAUUAUAUUUAGUUUACUUAGUUCAAUUUGAUUUUAUGAAUUUGUAA